UUGUAGAGGGUUGAGAGAGAGAGAGAGAGAGAGAGAGAGAGAUGGAAGAAGGAGAAAAAGGGGGAGUCGCGGCGGAAAAGGAGGGAAUUUUGGGGAGAAAGUUGAGGCGCGGGGUGUUGGUAGGGAAAAGAGGGGGCCCAUGCACUCCAGUGCCUGCUUGGAAACUGGGGGGUGCGCACGAUAAUAAUAAAGGUGGGUUAAUGAUACCCGCACUCUCCGCAAGGAAGCUCGCCGCUAGCCUCUGGGAGAUUCAGGACCUCCACCCUCUUCCUAAAAUGAGCCGGGGCGUCAGGAGCCACCACCACAAGGACAAGGCUCUUGACCUUCCCCCCCAUCUGGCCGAUCCCCCUCACAGUCCACCUGAGCAGUCAGCAAGCCCAGGUAGUCUGACCCGGCAUGUUGCUGCAUCACUGAUGCAGCAUCAUAAAUUGAUAGAAAGGAGUGGUCGAGCUCUACAGCCUGUUUCUCCAGCUAGUUGUAGCUCAAUGGAGAUAGCAGCUUAUAACCAGCCCGUCACUCCCACAAGUUCUCUGGACUUCAAGGCAAGAUUUGGGGAGUCAGGUUAUAACCUUAGAACCUCUACGGAGUUAUUGAAAGUACUUAAUCGAAUAUGGGGCCUGGAAGAACAGCAUGCGUCUAAUGUCUCAUUGGUGAAAGCGCUGAAGAAAGAGCUAGGCCAUUCUCGAGCCCGGAUCCAGGAGUUGGUGCAAGAACAGCAAGCGGACAGGAAUGAAAUAGACGAUCUGAUGAAGCAGGUUGCUGAGGACAAGCUUAUUAGUAGGAGCAAGGAGCAAGAUAAGAUCAAAGCAGCGGUGCAGUCCAUGAGGGAUGAGCUCGAAGAUGAGCGGAAGCUGAGGGCUCGGUCGGAGAGCUUGCAUAGGAAGUUAGCUAGAGAGCUAUCUGGCAUGAAGUCCUCAUUUGCAAAGGCUCUGAAGGAAUUGGAAAGAGAGAGAAAAGCACGGGUUCUGUUGGAAGACCUGUGCGAUGAGUUUGCUGGAGGGAUAGGAGAUUAUGAGUUGGAGCUUCGGGGGCUGAAACAGAAGUCCACAAAAGAUCAUAAUAGUGGAGAUGAUCGAUUGAUACUUCACAUUUCUGAAGCGUGGCUUGAUGAACGGGCCCAGAUGAAGCUCGCAGAAGCUCGGUUUGAUCUCUCUGAAAAGGACACGAUGGUAGACAGGCUGAGAUGUGAGAUCGAGACCUUUCUUCAGGCUAAACGAUCAGGUAGCUCUAAUGUCACGUAUGAAGAUGUCGCUGGGAAGGAUGGUGGUUUGCGUCGCCAUUCCCUUGAGUCAGUCCAUUUCAAUGGGGCCACAAGCGCACCUCAAGAUGCUGGUGAUGAUGAGGAUUCGAUGGCCACUGAUGUGCACUGCUUUGAGCUAAACAAGAAUGUCAACAGUGCUGAAAAUACUGACCGGUCUAAACAGCAUGGUGACAAAGCUAUAGAUGAUCUGGAAGAGAGAAAGAAAUCUAUUCCCGUGAAUAAGAAAUUGGGGCCCCAUGAAAAGAUCAAGGGCCAUAAUUCAUCUGGCUUACAAGUGCAAUUUGAAGAAGAGAUGGCCAGGGCUGCCAGGUCAUGUAAUGGAAACAAGACCGAGUUUAUUGAAAGGGUGGCAGAUGCUGAUGGGGAGAAAGCGAGUCAGACUGAAGUCGGCCUUUCCCAGAAAUCUGAAAAGGGUGGGCCACGGGAGGGUGGACGUGACAGAAAAGGCAAACGGGACGGCAUCCAUGGAUUGAACCACAUGAUUGGUAACUUAAUCAGGAGUGGGUCGCCGUUUUCCGAAGGCAGCAAGAUUCGCCCUGAGAAUGACCACAGAGAUGAUCCUCGCAGCCACUUCUCAUGGAGGGGUCACUCAGUCACAGGUGCUAGGGACGACGUUUCGGGCGAGGGUCCUGGCCUAUCAAGUCCAGUACAACAGUGGAAUUUCCGACACACAUCUCCAGAUCUUGAUAUAUCUCAAAGUCAAAGCUCUCUGAAAUGGCCCGGGGGCUUAAAGGAGAGUACCUUGAAGGCAAAACUGCUUGAAGCGAGGUUUGAAGGGCAGCAUGCUCGAUUAAAAACUUCGAAAGGUCCCUAAAAUGGACUUUGGAAAUCUCAGUUAUGUCAAUGGUGGCCAAGGUAUGUCGAAAGUGGUUUUCUUUUCUACUUUGACAAAGCAUGAAAUGUUCAAUUGAGGCACAACAAAGUGUACUUGUGUCGCCCACCGUAUGAUGAUGAAACCAUUUGUUUAGUGGGCCAUGCCGUGGAUGGGGAUACCCCAAAAUCUACUCCACUGAAUGAUUCCGCUGCUCAAGAGUUUCCCUGUAUGGACCGUUGGUUGUAGUUCUCAAUUUGGAAGCCACCAAUUGAGUGGCUAGGAUGCAUCUGAUAGGAUAUAUUGGGAUACGGGUCCACCCCAUGAUGGGGUUCACAAGAUUAACUGCUUAGAUUGCCAAAAACUAGGUCCCCACCAAUUUGGAUUGAGCAUAAACUUGGGGUGUAAACUUUUAAUAUGUAAUUUUGGAAUUUACAUCUGUAUAUGAGCUGUAAAGUUGUGAAAUGAUUUACAGAUGGCUCUUAUGAUUGUUGUGAAAUGGGUACAACUGAUUCUACUAGAAAUCAACUGCAACAAAAUCAAUUUUCUUCUUA